CUUUUCUGUGUCGUGUAGGACAUUUAUUCCUUUCACAGCAGCCUUUAGUGUGCUGCACAGUGCUCCGUGGUUCACUAUGGCUUGGUUUUUCUUAUGUAUUUUCAUACUCAUGACAUCUGCUGCUUCUGGAAGACACUUUCAUAAAGAUAGGCCAAGUUGUUAUCACCCAGUAGUGAGGAAACCAGACUUUGGUGUGAAAACCACAGCUCGUCCUCAUGAACUUCUGAACCUCGUUCAGCUGCCAAAGUCCUGGGACUGGAGGAAUGUCAACGGCAUCAACUACGCCAGCACCACUCGCAACCAGCACAUCCCCCAGUACUGCGGCUCCUGCUGGGCUCACGGCAGUACCAGUGCCAUGGCUGAUCGUAUCAACAUCAAGCGCAAAGGAGUUUGGCCAUCUGCUUAUCUUUCUGUCCAACACGUUGUCGACUGCUCUGACUGUGGGACCUGUGACGGAGGGGACCACGGAGGUGUGUGGGAGUAUGCCCACAAGCAUGGCAUCCCUGAUGAGACCUGCAACAACUACCAGGCAAUUGACCAAAAAUGCAACCCAUUCAACGCCUGUGGGACUUGCACAACAUUUGGGAUUUGCAACAUCGUGGAGAACUACACUCUGUGGAGAGUGGGCGACUUUGGAGCCAUUAGUGGACGUGAUGCUAUGAAGGCAGAAAUCUUCACUGGAGGGCCAAUCAGCUGUGGAAUCAUGGCCACGGAGAAACUUGACGAGUACUCCGGGGGUCUUUACUUGGAGUAUGUUGAGUCUCGUGAAAUCAACCACAUAGUGACAGUGUCAGGCUGGGGAGUAGAAAAUGGCACAGAGUACUGGAUUGUUCGCAACUCCUGGGGAGAGCCCUGGGGUGAGAAAGGCUGGCUCAGGAUUGUGACCAGUGCCUACAAAGGAGGAAGUGGAAGCCAGUACAAUCUUGCAUUGGAGGAAGACUGCGUGUAUGGAGAUAUGAUUGUUCCAGAUAACUAUGUAUGAUAUGAAAAUAAAACUUUUAGUCUGUA